AUGCCAGAGCCUCCGAGCAGCUGGGCCGGCUCGGCCCACCCACCAGUAAAAGCCGCUCUGAUUGGCCGGCCGCAGCCGGGAAGGCGGGGCCAGUGGGGGGUCGCACGCCCUGGUGGCCGGUCGCACGCCCUGGUGGCCGGGGCUCCGGUCGCUCCCGCCGACCAGCCGGGUCCUCCACCGGCCCAGAGAGCCCCGGCCCGGCCCCACCCCCGGCGCGGAGAGCAAGGCCCCGCCCCUGCGCCUGCUGCGCGCGCCCGCGACUCUCCUGCCUUCCCGCCCUUCCCACGCUUCCCGCCGGCCGCCUCCAGACCUCGGCCCGCCGCUUCUCCGCCUUCGCGGCUCGACUGCAAGGGCGCGCGGAGCGGCUGGAUCCCACGCGCUCGCUCCCAGGACCAGAGGCUGGACCCAAGUAUUCAUUCCGAAUGUGACAGUCUGACCUAUGAGAUCAGGAACAGGAAGAGUGAGGAGGAAGAGGAAGCCCUGGAUGAAUGGAUCGAGGUGAUGGAGAAGGGGUUACCUCUCUCCCUCAUCGCCACCAAAGGAGGCAUCGAGUCUCUCAUUUCCCUCUGCUCCACUCUCAUUGAAGGACAAAGGAAAGGGGCACAAAUGUCCAAACACACCUUCUGGCAGGGCUGGCGGGAACAAAGCCCACAAAAAGUGACAUCCUGCCCUCAGCCACUGAGCCCAGAGCAGAUGCUCCAGGACAAGCACACUACCUGCAUAAGGGUCUCCGAGGUGAAGUCCAUGCUGCAGGAACUCCUGGACUCCACGAUGUUCAACCAGGGGGAGGUUCGGGCCAUCAGGUACAUGUCUGCUGUGGUCGAGAACCUCAACAAGGCCUUGAUGCUCCAGCACAAGGAGAACAGAAGCCUGGAGGCCAAAUACAGGCACCUGAAAAUAGAGAUGACCAAAGAACUCAGCAGCCAGAGGCUAUAUUUCCAGAAGUCCCUCCAAGUCCUCAAGAGUAAGAGAGAUGCCCUACUAAAGCAGGUAGAAAUUCUAGGGGGAAAGUACCAUGACCUUCUCCUGAGAAAGCGUGCCUUAGAGUUCCAGCUGAACAAGGCUUAGUCUGCUAGAGGUCAAGCAGAAUACUCAGUCAAGAUCUUGGUUGACUCGCCAGCGCCUGCCAAGAAAGAGGCCCUCCGAAAGAAAGAAACAGUCAUAGAGGAAACCCAACAGGAGCCCAAGAAGGAGGAGCAGUUUUCACCACUCUCCCCAAGUCGCCUGGCCAUGACCUGGGAGAGUAGCGCUAGGCCUUCCACAUGUCAACCACUUUCCACCAUGACUGUGCAUUCAAGGACUGCAGAUGUGUACAGCAGCAAGGACACUGAAAAUCUUCAGCCUGUGUUGCCAUCCUCCGUGGAUCACAAGUUUCCUAAGAAAUGGGAAAGACCGUCAGCAGAAAGCCCAGGCCACAAAGUCAAAGACCAGAAGGACUUCUUCCAGGAAGUGACCCAGGAGAAGGAAGGACUCCAGAUGAAGUCCCAUUUUCAGAAGCAGCUGUCCCCAGAGAGCUCUAGGAAGGUGGCCUUGGAGAGCAAGGCAGAGCACUGGGAAGAGGAACUCAGCUGGGAGAGGCGAAGGCAGCAGUGGCUGGAGGAGAUGUGGCUGCAGUGGCAAGAGAAGUGGGCCCUGCUGGAGCGGGAACCGGAGAAGCAGCGGCAGUGGGAGCAGGGGGAAGCAGCAAGGGGGUGGCAGCGGAGAUUGGCCCAGGAGCAAGGGAGCCCAUGGAGGGGGCCGGAGCGGACAGGAGAGGACGUGGAGAGAAUGGGCUUCAUGCCCACCAGCCGAUGGAGGGACUUGGAGGAGGCAUCACUGGCACCUCCCUCAAGCCAGGCCCAAUCUGCUCACCAAGGCAGGAGGCCACACUUGCCCAGGUCCCCUAAGACCCAGCAGCCUGCCCCCGGAAACCAGAGGACCAUGAGUUCAGCCGAGUUUACUCAGAAACCACGGGCCCGCUGUGUUCCCACGAAGCCCAAGAAGACGGCCUCCCUUCCUGUCACGGGGACAUCCCUCCGAGAAGUGGCCCAGCCCCCUUUGCAUACAUCCCCAGUAACUCUGAAGGGGAAGGUAUACCACGUGGACGUGGAGGCCCAGAGGAAGAACCUGCAGCUCCUGACUGAGGAGGAUCAGCUGGGGCUGCCCCACUACCUGCGCAACAAGGUGCGGGAGCUCACCACCACCGCCGUGGAGCUGAACGCGCUCAAGCUGUGGUGCCUGUCUAAGUACAUCCUCUACAGACAUUUCCAGAGCCUCCGACAAGAAGUGCUCAACCACGUACAAGUUGUGCGAGAAGCUGGAGCUGCCUACAAGGCCCAGAACCUCUACCUCUUCCUGGAAAACGUCGACCGCCUGCAGAACCUCCAGCUGCAGGCCUGGACAGACAAGCAGAGGGACCUGGAGGAGAAGCGCCGAGAGUGCCUGAGCAGCAUGGUGACCAUGUUCCCCAAGCUCCAGCAGGAGUGGAACAUUAACCUGAACACCCCUGUGGUCACCACCCCAAAGUCAAGGAAAAGCAAGCCUCCUCCAUCCUUACUGCGGAACAUCCAUUCCAGCAGCCCCUCCUGCAAGCGACAUCUGGAGCUCUUUAUGACCAAGCACCAGCAAUGUGUGCCCCUGCGGAUGGCCCAGCAGGUGCAUGGAAGCCAGGGGCAGCUGGCUAGCCAACAGGGGAACCAGCUGGAGGCCAUCUGGAAGACUGAUGUGGCCUCCUCCAGUCACCCAGUAGAAAAGAAGACCCCCACCAGCCUGUCCUGGGACCAGCUGGGGGGGUACCCAGAUAUUCCCCGGCUGUUGGCAUUGGAUGUGCAUUCCUCCUACCACAAAAGCUUGAUGUCCCUCAUGGCCCGGUGUCUCCCCUGGGCUGUCUGUCUGACAGUGCCUCAGUGACCCAAAGAAAGGAAGGCCAGGAACACCCAGAGGAGCCAGCUGAGCUUGUUUGUAAAAAGUCAAACGAGUCCUUCCCCGGAACCCUAAAAAGCCAGAAGGAUCGAGACAAUUGCGGUCCUUGCUCCAUGCCUUAGCCAGUGAUUCUCAAAGUUGUUCCAAAUGCAGAUUCCCAGCUGGUGUUUUUAAACAAACACUCUGGGUACUGCUAAGUAAUCCUAGAACUUUGAGAAACACUACUUUUCUCCUUCAGUCCCCAAACUGUACAUUUUUAAUAAAAUAGAGAUGUGUUUAUUUUUAAAAUUUUCUGCCUCAUUGCUAAAACCCACACCUCCUCAACUCACUCAUUUUUGAAACCAGAUGCAUGACCACCUGGCCACUGACUUAGACACCAGUCACAGGGAUCCCCCCAGUGUUGUGUCUGCCCUCUGGGAGCCGACCAGCCAAGACGGCCAUAAUUAGUGCCUUGCACACAGCAGGGCUCAGUAACUCUAAAAUCAAUCAGAGACAGACAAAUACGUAACAGAUAUACUGAUGAUGAGCGUGAAACUCAGAAGGUAAGAACAGAAGAAGGUACUGAGUACAAGUCAGAGCCAGGUGUGACUGGGUGUGGGAGCAAAGGUGAGUGCAUCUCUAAGAAGUGAGGACAAAGAUGGAAGAAAUAGAGACACGGAGGUUCCAAAUCUAGAUGGUGUGGGCUUAGGAGGCCAUCCCUGUCCGCUAAUUAAUUGUCUUAAUUCAGGGAAGACACUACUUUGGUUGGUUCAUACAGCUUACGAGCACCGCCCCAUCCUCACUCUCCCUUGCACUCCCCUCCCCCUCCUCCCGCCUAGCCAGACCAGACCUAGGGACCAGGCAUGACAAAACGUUAGCUAGGAAAUUACCCUGUUCUCAGAGGCCCCACAA